AUGACAAAAAAAGAUAUGUUAAAAUGUUAUAAAGAUUUAAGUACAUGCGACAUGGAUAAGAUCGAACAUGUUGUUAGUGCUAUAUAUCAAGCAUUCGAUAUCGAUAAUGAUGGCAAAGUUGAUUUUAGAGAAUUUGUUAUUGGAUUUUUAUUAACAACAAAGGGAUCAAUGGAAGAAAAACUAGAUUACACUUUUCAACUUUAUGAUAUCGAUAAAAACGGUUAUAUUGAUCAAUCAGAAAUAGAUGUUAUGGCUAAAUAUGUAUUAAGAAUGUUGGGUGGUAAUGGUAAUGAAUUUGAAUCAGUUGAAUUGCUCAAACAUUUUAUAAGUUCAUGUCAUUGUAAUGAACAAGGACUUAUAACAAAAGAAAACUUUGUUCGUGCUCUAUCAAAAAAUGAAUUACUUAGUCAACUGUUAUCUCCUUUCACUUAA